GCUAUCAUGACCAGUCCGUUCGACAUCAGUCCAGGGUGCACAUGUCGCUCAGGGAAAUCGCCGCUGGGAGGUUCGGAACGGCCUAACGUGUCUGUCUAUUUUACAUCCGCUCGACACCACCUCAAGUCUAGCCCCGGGCGUCGGGGUCUCCUUGAAGUCUCCAUCGGACGCUGCUGCUGCAAAUGGCCGCAUGAACACGCGCGUGCAACUUGAACCCUUCCAUUCUACGUUCCGGUGCUCAGACAUCCUCGUCUGCGUCAUGGUCUGCCCGUCCGCUAUCACCGCAAUCACUGGGCACUUGGACGCUUCAGAAUCAUCACGACACCUGAGGACAUCGUCUUCCCGAAUAUGUGUAGGUGUGCUCCCUGAGUACGCCCUCGAUCAUGCAUCUCUCGAAGAAGAUCUCGCGCAAAUAUUCGUGCCGCAUAUCAUCGCCGGCGUGAAUUUUCUCACGAGACGGAUGGUUGUACAUCCAGACCUCGAGUACAACAACUUUCCCGCAACGAGCAUUCUCGAAACCGGCUGCUUCGCUUUUCGUGCGGAGGCGAUGGACGGGAAGCUUCGGACAACGAACUGUAGAGCCCGCAACGACGUGGCGCCCAAGGUCAUCAGAACGGACCAGUCCUCUAGCACAAUCUCAAAUGGGCUGCUAUGCAACUCGUUUUUUCUCCAGGACGAGGCUCAUCUCAGAGGGCUGACGCGCAGAGGCACGAUCCGACCCCCCCCUCUCAACCCGCUCAGAGAGCCCAAUCGAAUCCACCCUCAUGUUUCCACUGCUCCAGCAACCAUCCCGGAGAUCAUGAGGCACACGCGUCUCACAAUCGACUUGCCCCACUCCUAUCCCGGGCGAGUUGACUUCGGCCGGGCUUUGAGCUCUCUGGUCUCUUUCACUGCUGCGCCACUGGAUUGAGAUCUCGAGCUCGUAGACAGAGUUGACCGAUUCGAUCAGUUGGAAUAGGAGGCUCUGGCAGGUCGAUGGGUUUCCGCGGGGAUCAAGUCAAACUCGCUCAGAUGUUAACACAUGACGGAUGGAGAGUGGGCUGCGACCGGCCACCGCGUCGGUACCAGAGCGAGCAGCAGAGCUGGCGAGUAAGAGCGGACACCAUUUGUCUCCAUACCUACAUUCUUCACGGCCGCGAUCUCGAUGAACAUCCUCUUCUGGUCGAGUCUGGAGAACGAGCCCUUCCCGUCCGUGGACAUGGUGCACAAGUACAGGCGUGAUCUCAGUGACAGUUGUUGUUUCGCGGCGAGAGCACGAGUUACGUAGACAUUUGUGAUUGGAUAUACACAUAUCAAUCUGUACGGUCCUGCAAUGCACAUGUUAUGUAUCCCGAGUGCUAUCAGAAGUGGGACCUCGCCCUGACUCACCUCGGGACUGAUAGACACGAUGCGACACCCGGUGAAGGGUCCCAGG